AUGAGUAGGAGUAGUUCAGUCUUAAAUUUCAGAGAAAUAAUAAUUAGUGGGAUUCAAGAUUUAGAAUAGGGUGUUAAGUAAAGAAAUUAAGAUAGAAGCAGCUCUUAAAAGAAAGCGAGUCAACAUCAAAUUGAAUCUCCUAUACCAUGCUUUUAAUCUAGCUACUAAGAUAAUUCUCCUAGCAAUAUAAAAGAUUUAGACCUAAGUUAUUCUCCUAAGAAUGUUAGUUAGUAUGAAAUGUCAAAUAAAUUAGAAUAUGGACUUAAAGAUUACAAUAAAAUAUAAUUAUAGUCAUUUAAAAUACCUUCUUUUACCAAUCCAGUUCAAAAAAACUAAAAGAAUAGAGAAACUGAAAAACAAUCAUAUAAAUUAAACUUAAACAAUGUACCAAAUCAAAGUGGAUUUGACUAUUAAUAGAAGGAGAACUCAGCUUUGGCUGGAGGUGAAUGCACAUUUCGCGAAAAAAAUAGUACUUAUUACUUUAAAGAUGUUAAUACCAACAAAAAUAUUCCUUAGUAUAAUGUAUCGCAAUACAGUAUUAUUAGACAGAGUGAAAAAAAUGAAAUUAAAAGUAAUUAAGUGACAUCUUAUUAAGACAGGAGUAAUAAUGAAAAAUAACUUGCAUUUAAACAUAACGAUAUGUCAAAUGAUAUAUAUUCUCCUCUAGCUAGUAGAAUGGAAUGGGAGAACGAUUCGAGUAUAUUUUAAAUCAAAAAUAGCAGCAAAUACGAAUCAAAUAAAAAUUUUAAUAAACAAAUUUAAGAGAAUGAAAGAAAUGUGGAUUAUUUUAGUAUUUAUGAUAACCCUUAUUAAGAUAGGUAGAAUAUAUUUAAAACAUUAAAGAUAAGUGAACCUUAAACUAUUCCAACAUAAAUUAGCUCAAAUAUUGAAAGUCCUAAAUUUGAUUAAGUAAAUUAAAAUAAAAAUGUUGUAAAAAAUAAAUUUAAAAGAGCGAAAAGCAGCUACAAUUUAAAAGAAAGUAAUUCUUUUUCUAAUAAUAAAAAUGGCUAACAGCAAAAGCAAGAAAGAAUUGAUAGAUCAUUAAGCUUUAAAAAAGGUAUAAAUCUAUCACCUCCUAGAAAAACUACAAUAUCAUCAUAAAUGAAAACCGAAAGAAUCCCAACUCAAAUUUCCUUUGAAGAUAGCUUAAGAUCUUACUAAAUGAUUGAUUAAAAUAUCAAAUAGCCUAUAACAUAAUAUGCAGUUUAAAAAGAAAAUCUUAAAAGAAUGAUAUUAAAUUUUGAAUCUGACUAACUAAGAGGAAUAUACAAUUUAUCUGCAUUUAUCAAAUUUUUUAGGGAAUUAGGACUCAUGCAAGUGGCAUAGUAAUAAGAAAAUAAUUUAUAAUAAGAGAUAUAAGUAGUAGAAGAGCUUUGGAGAUUACUUAAAUUUGCUUCUUAUUCUGCUGAAUGUGUCAACACAAGCUUUAUUUAUCAAAUAGUAUUAAUCAUCAUUGAUUGUUAAACUUAUAAAGCAAUUUAAGCUUCCUAGCUAAUUGAUACUUUAUGCCAAAAAGAAUACUAAAAAUAUUCUAACUUUUUUUAACAAGAAAGAGAAAACAGUUCAAUUUGGAUAUCUUCUGAAAUUGUUAAUGGAAUUAGAGAUGCUCUGUCAGUUUCUAAAAAAAAUGAGAAGAUAUUUGUGAAAAACGAAAUAAUGAAUAAAAAUAACUAAAAGGCUAAGAUAGCACAGCUCUUUUAGCAUACGAACUACUUGAAGACUGAUGGUGAAUAACACAAAACUAAAAGAAGCUAUUCAAAUAACUAAUUAACAAAUAAUUCAGAUGAGGAUUUUAUAUAUGAAGUGUAAAAAUCUAACUAAAAUUAAUUCAACAAAUAACAACAUAAUGAAAAUAGCACAGAUUCUUUACAUAGCUUAAAACAAUCUAGUUAAUUAAACUAGAAAGGAGAUAAAUCUAACAGAAAAUCUGAUAGAGAUUAAUAUAAAAAUUAAAAGAAUGUUCAUUAGAGAUUAUUUAACAAUUCACAAAGCAAAACUAGAAUAAUUAAAGAUCAUUUACAAGCAAAAGAGUAAAAAGAAUAAAAUGAGAUCAAUUAAUGCACAUUUAAACCAUAAAUUAAUAAAAACACUCAAAAAAUUUUAUAAAAAUCGCUUUCAAAUCUGUAGUUGUAAAAAAAUAAAGAACCCAUAGAAUAAGAAGAGUAAUCAAUAAGAGAAACAAUAAAAGGAGUAAAGCAAAAUCUUUAGAGAAUGGAAUAGGCUAGAUAGCAAAGAAAUCAUGAGGAGAAGUAUUGGGAAAAUUAACGCUUAAAAUAUUAAAAUUAUUUAAAUCGUAGUCCUUUAACUAAGAAUUCUAAAUAGCAAUAAAAAUUAGUAAAUUUAAGUCCAAGCCCAUAAAAACUGAGAACUGAAAAAAUAAUGAGAGAAAAACCUAUGCUUUAUGUCGAUAUUAAUAUAACAAAAGGAAAAACAGGUAAAAUAGCCAUAUAUUAAGGUGACAUUCCAGAAGAUGUUGCUAAUAACUUUGCUAAAAUUUAUAAAUUAAAUACUGUAGCUACUCAAAAAUUAACUAAUAAACUAAAGGAUAUCAUAUAAGCCUAUUACUCAUAGCUGUAUGACUAGUUUUGA